AUGUGGUAUAUCUCUGUGGGUUUUAUACACGACAAGUCAUUUACUUGGAACCUUAAACUCGCUUCCUCUACUACAAUCCAGCUCAAGUUCAAUGCAAUUGGCCUUUUGGCUAUUCUACCGUCGCUGACGUCCGCUAUGCCUAUAGACCAAGCCAGUGGUGCAGUCCUGGGUGAACGUGCCGUCUCAAAGCUAGAGGCGAGGCAGGUGCAGUAUAGCUGUCAAAUUGUUCCAGCGAACCAAGUGGGGAGAUGCCGGAAUGCGAUUGCGGACCUAAGGAGGCGCGAGCUUAGGGGAUGCGAUGUCUUUGCUUGCAUUAGCGCCGGUGUUAGUUCCGCUGCUUCUUGUGCGGCUGCGGCUGCGGCUGCGGAGGGGGGCUUGAAUAAGAUACUAUCUAGCUCAUUGAAAAUCCAAAUUAACACCUUCAGAUGCCCUUACUGACUUGGCCUGUAUUGGAUCUGUUCUCUGUAUCGAGAGUGCAUGCAGAGGUUGCAACCCUCCUUGAUCGAUUGACGAUUUUAUCCAAAAGUUCACAGCACUCACCCAGCUGUCAAGAAAGUAGGCUCUUCUUUGUCAACAUGUUACGAUUGCAACUAAGAAACCAUUCCAUAACUUGUAUAUAGUAGUAAUCCG